CGCGCAUUAGUUGGGAAACAAAUAGUGUUGAUUUAUCUAUCCAUUUAUGAGUCAUUGGAUAUCUCGUGUAUGAAUUAUGUUGUUCUUUCUGAGGACCAAAAAUUCAAGGACGAAAAAAUUGACGAGUCACACCUAUUUUUAGGUGUCCGUGAACUCAAGCAUAAACCUGCACAAGUCCGUUAUCCACUUUAUUCUCAUGAGUUUAUUAGGCGGACUGGUCAAUUACUCAGACGACGAAGACCGAUCGUCCGACGAAGAAGUCUCCCAACCGCAAGUCCCUUCCACCUCCACCCAACCAUCGACUUUGUCCGCCGAAAAGAAACCCGAAGUACGUCCAUCCAGCCACUCAGCCUCCAAAGAGACUUUAGCAUCAUCGGUCGUCAAUGAAAAGAAAUCCUCGCAUGCAGCUGAUAACACUUCAAUGCCAGCACCAAUACCACCGUCUUCCAUGUAUCGUAUUGAUAUCGAUGAAUUGGAACGAGCUAGACAGCGCAAAGCAUUGUUGAAGGCAAAACCUAUCGAAGGUCUCGAUAACUGGGGAAUACUGCCAGAGCCAGAAGAAGAGUGCGAUCCUGACAGAGAAGCACAAAUCAUGCAUUAUCUGUCGCUGAGGGCGUCAGGACAUCGACUCAACGACCAUUUACAGCGGAACAAAGCGUUUCGAAAUCCACGUAUUUACACCAAACUGGUGGAGUUUGUAGAUGUCGAUGAAUGCGGCAGCAAUUUUCCCAAAGACGAUUACGAUCCGCAUGGAUUUCCCAAAGAAUCGUACAUUGACGGACUUUUGGAAGCCCAAGGUCGAGCCGCCGAACAACGCGCCAUGGCCCAACAACACCGGUCCAAUAUCCCUUUUGUCAACAGUUCUACCGUCUCCGCCAGCCCUUCCGUCAAGGAUCCCGCGUCUGCCAUGGCCGCCGCCAUGGCCACCGCUGCCAAAGUCGCGAGCCGGAUCGCCAAACCGCCCGUCAACUCGGGACCCGCCUCACCGGCCAAACGUAGCAAUAAAUGGGAUUCCACCGAAAUCGAGAAACGCCGGCAUCGCCCCUAAAAACCUUGAUCCUCUUCUUCCAUACACUACACAAAAAAAACUACAUCUUUACGCAUAUGUUCUUUACCGACUUAAAAGUCGGCUGUUUGAAACAUUUUAUUUGCUAAUCAUUUCUACAAGAGUUGCGCUAUCUUUUCAAUAACAUUGCGGCUCAUGCUUCAUAUUAAAUCCUUUUCAUAUGCUCUCGAUGGCCAU